UCUCCCGCCUGGCUCCGCAGGGAAUGCUGGACCAAUACAUGCUUAAACUUCUUAAUGCUGUGUCAGCUGUUAGGAAAACGGGAAGGAAAAGAAGAGAAAAACACUGAGCUCCCGAGGGCCUCCGCCGUGAGGCUGGCCUCCCUCCUCGACCUGCCCACCCAGCUGCUGGAGCUGUACCAGCAGGGCUUCUCGCUGGCGGCCCUGCACCCCUUCGUGCAGCCGACCCCCGAGAGGGAGAAGACGCCCCUCGAGCACAUCUUCAGGGCCAUCUUGAUCAAGAAGACCGACAGAUCUCAGAAUGCUGAUCUUCACAAUGAAGGCUACAUCUUGGAAUUAGAUUGCUGUUCUUCCCUAGACCACCUGACGGACCAGAAAAUCCUCCCAGAGUUCAUUAAGAAGAUCCAGGAGGCUGCGAGUCGUGGCCUGAAGUUCGUCGGGGUCGUGCCUCAGUACCGCUGCCCUGGGAGCCCGGCGGGUGGCUGCGCCCCAACAGGUGCCCAGGACGCGACACAGGAGCCUGGCGGUCGUGGGGCUGCAGACGCUGCAGCGGGGACAGACGGAAGCCCGGAGCCUGGCCAGGACCCCCGAGGGGAGACGCCCGCCGCCCAGCAGCCCAGCUUGCUCCCGGGAGAGGGGGACGGUGCAGAGUCUCCUGCUCGAGGGACUCGGGAGGGACCAGAUGCUGAUCUGCCGUCGGAAGGGUCUGGAGAGCUGCCCGCGGCCAAAAUGGAGAUCUUCGCCCUUUUCAACAAACCGAAGAGCCAUCAGAAGUGCCGGCAGUACUACCCCGUCAGCAUUCCUCUCCGGGUCUCCAAGAACGGCCCGACGGUCAGCGGUCUGGACGCCAACUGGCUGGAGCACAUGAGCGACCACUUCCGGAAGGGCGGCGUCCUGGUGAACGCGGUCUCCUGGCUUGGCUUGGUCCAUGAUUCCUUGCACGACUUGACAGAUGGAGUCUUCAUCUUUGAAGCCGUUUCCACAGAAGACAGCAGAAACACGCAGGGCUACGAUGCUAUUGUAGUCGAACAAUGGACGGUUCUGGACGGAGGGGACCGUGUCCACCAAGCAGGUCGUCUUUCUCCAGAGGCCGUGUCUACCUCAGAAGGUCAAGAAGAAGGAAUCGAAGUUUCAGUGGCGAUUCUCCCGAGACGAGAUGCGUAACAGGCAGACGAGGAAAUCCAGAGGGAAACUCCGUGCCAGGGGCAAGCGGCAAGCUGAAGAAAGCGAGAAGAACCCAGAAGAGCAGCUUCCCAGAGCGGGAGACCUGGG